AUGCCGGUGUUGUACCACCUGACGCUGCAGAAGCCCACGGCGAUUACCAAAAUCGCGUAUGGAAACUUCUCCGGGCCCAAGGUGCACGAAAUUGUCGUGUCGAAGGGACAAGUGCUGGAGCUGCUAAGGGCGGACAAGCAGGGAAAGCUCAACCUAAUAACGUCCAAGGACAUCUUCGGGAUUAUCCGCUGCCUGCAGACGUUUCGUCUGACUGGAAGCAACAAAGAUUAUGUCGUCAUUGGGAGCGACUCGGGGAGGUUAGUUAUCCUUCAGUUUAGCAACGAGAAAAAUGACUUCGUUCGAGUGCACUGUGAAACGUACGGGAAGAGUGGCCUUCGUAGGAUCAUCCCCGGAGAGUACAUAGCGGUGGAUCCAAAGGGAAGAGCCCUGAUGAUAUGUGCCAUCGAGAGGCAGAAGUUUGUAUACAUACUAAAUCGGGACAGCAAAGAGCAACUAACGAUUAGUAGCCCCCUCGAUGCACACAAAUCACACACAAUAUGCCAUGACGUAGUCGGGAUGGAUGUUGGGUUUGAGAAUCCAAUGUUCGCAUCGAUUGAGCAGAACUACGAAAUGUAUGAUAAGCAGGUGACAAACACAAGUGAGAUCGAUGGCUGUGCAAGGAAAACUCUUCUCUGUCUCUGGGAAAUGGAUUUAGGAUUAAAUCAUGUCAUUAGGAAGUGUACUCUCCCGAUUGAUAGCAGCGCACAUCUGUUAAUACCCAUUCCUGGAGGGCAGCAAGGACCAAGUGGAGUCAUCGUUUGCUGCGAUAAUUACUUGGUUUAUAAGAAGGUGGAUCACACCGAUGUGUAUUGUGCUUACCCGAGGAGACUCGAAACAGGACAGGAGAAAAACAUCUCCAUCGUGUGCAGCACCCUUCACAGAAUUAGGAAGUUUUUUUUCAUUCUUAUUCAAUCGGAGUUUGGCGAUCUGUACAAAAUAGAAAUGGAACAUGACGAUGGGAUAGUAAAAGAGAUUACAUGCAAAUACUUCGACACCGUCCCUGUAGCUAAUGCGAUAUGUGUGAUGAAGUCAGGAUCUCUUUUCGUAGCCGCCGAAUUUGGGAACCACUUCUUUUAUCAAUUUUCUGGAAUAGGAGAUGACGAUAAUGAAGCCAUGUGCACGUCAAAACACCCGUCAGGGAGAAAUGCUAUCAUUGCCUUUAGGACGAAGAAGCUUACAAACCUGUUUCUCAUCGAUCAGGUAUAUUCUUUGUCUCCCAUCUUGGACAUGAAGAUUAUCGAUGCAAAGAAUGCGAGCACUCCUCAGAUUUAUGCCCUUUGUGGUAGGGGACCCAGAUCAUCCCUUCGCAUUUUGCAGCAUGGAUUGAGUAUAGAAGAGUUAGCCGAUAAUGAGCUUCCUGGAAGGCCAAAAUUCAUAUGGACAAUUAAGAAAGACAACGCUAGUGAUUAUGAUGGAUAUAUCAUCGUCAGCUUUGAAGGCAGUACACUUAUCCUCGAGAUUGGAGAAACAGUCGAGGAGGUCGUAGACAGCUUGCUCCUAACCAACGUCACGACCAUUCAUGUGAAUAUCCUCUACGAUAACUCUCUUCUUCAAAUACACGAUACAGGGAUAAGACACAUCAACGGGAAGGUCGUAAACGAAUGGGUACCUCCCAAAAACAAACAAAUCAAAGCAGCCACGUCAAAUAGUGCUCAAAUUGUUAUUUCGCUCAGCGGAGGAGAGUUAAUAUAUUUCGAAAUUGAUGAGUCACACACUUUAGUGGAAACAUUUAGAAAAAAUCUAAACGUCGAAACGUUAUGUCUUUCCAUACAACAGGUGGAGGAGAACAGAGUGAGGGCCAACUUCCUAGCAGUCGGAUGUCUCGAUAACGUCGUCAGAUUGCUUUCCAUCGAAAAGGAAAAAUAUUUUAAUCAACUCUCUACCUUUAUCUUGCCAAAUAACUCCUCAGCGCAGGACAUUUGUAUCUCUGAAAUGAGUGAACUGGGAAAUCACAAGGAAAGAAAAAUGCUCUUCCUUAACAUCGGACUGAACAACGGAGUGCUCCUGCGAAGUGUGGUGGAUCCCGUUACAGGCACGCUUACUAAUCAUUACUCCAAAUAUUUGGGGGCCAAAAAUGUCAAAAUAUGUCCCGUCCAUGUGAAGAAAAACUCAGCUCUGCUAGUCCUAUGCGAGAAGACCUACUUAUGUUAUGUUCAUCAGGGAAAAUAUAUUUACUCUCCUUUAAAUUAUGACAUCUUGGAGUACGCAUCAUCGUUCCAUUCCGAGCAAUGCUCCGAUGGGUACGUAGCUAUUUCAGGAAGUAGUCUCCGUAUCUUCCGCUUCUACCGUUUGGGGGAAGUGUUCAGUCAGAAUAUUCUACACUUAACAUUUACUCCGAGAAAGAUCGUACCGCUUCCCUUCCCUUCCCUCUUUUACGACCACGACACGUCCAUCGAAAUUGAGCGACAGAAGAGCAUCCGCAUGCUCGCCAUCAUCGAGGCGGACCAUAAUGCCUACGACGAGAAUACCCUGCGCGAGAUUCAGAUGGCACUCAAGGGUAUCCACCUCGACGGGGAGGAGCAUGCCGCUGCCGACCGAUCGGCCCACUCGGCUGGGGGCGAUCUGCAGGGGAACAACCUCCCCAAUGGGGCGCACAACCAGGGGCAUUCAACAGGGCAGCCCCUGGACGGACUUGACCACAAGGGGAGUGCCCAAACGAGGGAAGAAGAGGAGGAUGACGAGGAGGAAGAAGAAGCUCUCCUCUACGAUCGAAUAGGAACCUUCAAGGCAGGCCCGGGGAAGUGGGGCUCCUGCAUAAAGAUAAUCCAUCCAGUCAGUUUACAAACGAUUGAUAAAAUUUCCCUCGAGAUGGAAGAAGCGGCCUUGAGUGUCUGUGCCUGUGAGCUGGAGGCUCUCCACUGUCUAAUCGUUGGCACGACGACUAACUUGUCCAUAAAAAACCGCACUGCUCCAGCAGCAGCUCUCCGUGUGUACACAUACGACAUCAAUUAUAAACUGAACCUGCUGCACAUAACGGCAAUAGAAGACCAGCCAUUCUGUUUCUGUCCUUUCAACGGAAGACUCCUAGCUUCCAUUGGAAACAAACUCAGAAUAUACGCACUAGGAAAGAAGAAGUUACUAAAAAAAUGCGAAUACAAGGACAUCCCUGAGGCGAUUAUCUCCAUUAAGGUUUCUGGCGAUCGUAUCUUCGCCUCCGACAUCCGAGAGUCCGUCUUAAUCUUUUUUUACGACGCCAAUAUGAACACGUUAAGGUUAAUUUCAGAUGAUAUCAUUCCCAGGUGGAUCACAUGCUCCGAGAUCCUCGACCAUCACACGAUUAUCGCGGCCGACAAGUUCGACUCCGUCUUUGUCCUGCGGGUGCCCGAGGAGGCCAAGCAGGAGGAGUAUGGCAUAUCGAACAAGUGCUGGUACGGAGGCGAAAUGAUGGCCGGCUCGAACAAGAACAGGCGGCUCGAGCACAUCAUGAGCUUCCACGUCGGAGAAAUAGUCACGUCACUGCAGAAGGUGAAGCUGUCCCCCACCAGCAGCGAAUGCAUAAUAUAUUCCACCAUCAUGGGGACCAUAGGGGCGUUCAUUCCGUACGACAAUAAGGAGGAGCUGGAGCUGACUCAACACCUGGAAAUCAUUUUGCGCACGGAGAACCCCCCGCUGUGUGGGCGCGAGCACAUAUUUUUUCGUUCCUACUACCACCCCGUCCAGCACGUCAUUGACGGAGACCUAUGCGAGCAGUUUUCUAGCCUGCCGUACGACGUUCAGAGGAAAGUGGCGGCCGACUUGGAGAGAACCCCGGAUGACAUUCUGCGAAAGUUGGAAGACAUUCGGAAUAAAAUUCUUUAA